GAGAUUCAGGGAUUCGUUGCAAAGCGGCAAAGUGGUGAGUUCGGCCAUGACUUUACUGUUCCUAUGCAUGUAGGACACCUCUUCCCAACUCAACCCAGCCGCUCGGUUCGUGCGGGGGAACGCUGCCAGCCCAAGUUACCAUCAUGCACCUUCAUCCAAUGAGAGGGCAGCACCCCAAUCACAUAAGCGUAGGUUGGUUGCAAGGGCUUGAGCCGCAGUCGUGUCCUCUGCACUUCUCCUUACGACGAUGGUUACCGGUAUCGAAGCGGCGGGGCUAGCUCUUGCGGUGUUUCCCCUAAUCCUCAAAGGCCUGAAAGUUUACCUGGAUGGCGCACAAAUGAUCCAGGACUUGGCGGGUUGGAGGAGUGUCCUCAAGCGACUCGUCAGGGAACUGGAUGUCGAAUGCAUUUGCUUCGAAGAUGUUUGCAGCAAGCUUCUCGAGGGAAUCGCAUCAUCGAGGGACGCGACGGAACCCAUGAAUGGAAACGCCUGGGAUGACCCCGAUUUGCAACGCAAGCUCCGGGAGCGGUUAGGUUCUGAGGCUACCGCAAGGUUCACAGAACUGAUGAAGGAGCUGCAUCAGCUGCUUAAGGAACUUAGGGACGAGCUUGGGAUUCACGACGAGUCUGUGGAACCCAACCGCCAGACCUGGGGCCGUAUGAAGGUUGUGCUUCGAAAGGAAGACGCGCUGAACGACAUCUCCAGAACGCUCCGGCUUCUCGAGCGAUUGGCACAAUGCAGAACAAACUCGGUCACGAAACCACCCCGACAGAAUACAAAGAUCUACAGCCGCUUCCGAAAGAACGCGAUCGACCUGUAUGAUACGCUGUUGAAAACUUUUCGCGCUCAGCAAACCUGCCGUUGCUCAGCACCGCACAAUGCAAAUUUACGACUAGAAAGAAUACCAAACCAGAAGUCAACUACUCCGAGCCCGCGAUUCAGUGUGCUCUUGUCGUUUGACGUCUGUUCGGACAUGCAAUCCGAAUUGCUGUUGGCAUGGCGUGAAUUCGAAUUUCGGCCUCUCGGCGAUCGCAACGGCCUGGAAACAGCCUGCAAAGACACCGAGAUACGUCCCAUUACUCCAGUCAGACGCACUGCGACCCCCACUCCGGCGCCGGCUAUAGUGAAGCCGGUGGAAAGACGGCGAGAUAUCAUUUUCGAAGGCUUAAAAAUUUACCUCCGGUCGAUCUUCAGAGGUAGAAGUAGCCCACGGACACCGAUUCGAGAUAAAAAGAUAAGGAAAGCCGUUUCUUUCGACCGAGACGUCUCCGCAGUACCGCGGGGCACAAGCAGUUUACCAACGGUCAAGACCCAGGGUGAACAGGCAAAGAAAGCCGUUUCGUUCGCCAUAGAGACUUUGCCAAAAGCGACGAUCCAAGCCCCACCGAAUGCACGAGAGAUAACCGACCUUUGUGCACUCAUCGCGAGCGCCGAAGGUAACUCGCCCGACCUAGGAGUACUCGCUUCCGAUAAGAGCUGGAUUAUCCGGACGAGCCCGACGUCCUGCGAAGGCUACACGGCCGAGUUUGUCUCACUCGAUCAACUCUUACAAAGAGAAGAUCUCGACCGCGGUGAUCGAUUAAGACUCGGCGUAGAAUUGGCGUUCUCGCUGAUGCAUUUGCACACCACAGACUGGCUGGAUGAGAGCUGGGGGGCGUGCGAUAUUCUUUUUCCUCAGAAGGCCACCCGGGCGCGGGGCGUUUCCGGUGAAGAGAUCAUGAUCCUAGGGGCGGUUUUGAGAAAACCUGUAGUUCGGCGAAGUUUCCACCCUGAUCGGCAUUAUCGGCAAAAAUCGAAAGCGACGGCAGAAGUUUCCAUCUUGACGAGCAACCAGAGCCUAUUCUCGCUCGGCGUUGUCUUGAUUGAGCUCUGGUUCGGAAAACGACUUCAAAACCUUUUCAAGCCCCAAGAUGCAGUUUCCGACAAUAAGUAUGUCAACGACUUGGUCUCAACUUUUCAACUCGUUGCGGUCGUAGAAGAGGAGGCUGGAGAGAUAUAUGGAGGUGCUGUGAGGCGUUGUAUCCGUGGCCUGGAUAGCGCGGUUAAAUCCUUGGACAAUGAUGAAUUCAAGAGCAAAGUUGACACGGAGGUGGUAUCAGAAUUGGAACGCAAUUGGAAUGCGUAUGCAGUCAGUCUGGAGGAGUAAAUAUCGUAAUGCGUACUCUGUUGUUGUCUUUAUUCUCAAGCUCAAGUAAUUUCAUAAUUUCUGUUGAAUUAAUGUCCUCGCCGCAGUUCAGAG